UGGAGGCAGAGCGGCGCUAUAAAAGAACUGGCGCGGCGCCGGCUCCGGUCUCAGUCAGCGUCUCUGCUCACGCCGUGGAGACAGCGAGCAGCGCGGCUUGCGAGCCAAGGGGCCGGGGAGAGAGUGGGCGCUCGCUCCGGGCAACCCCAAUGCGUGGACUAUCUGCCGCUGCACUAUGCUGGAGCCACAGUGCCGCUGAACGGAGAUUGCACGCGGCCGGCUGGGCUGGAUUGCAGCGCUGUCUUUCCUUAUGAAGAAGACACAAACUUGGAUUAUCACUUGCUUUUAUCUUCAACUGCUCCUACUUAAUCCUCUUGUCAAAGGUCUCUGUGGGAAUCCAGUGACAGAUGAUGUGAAUGACAUUACAAAACUGGUUGGAAAUCUUCCAAAUGAUUAUAUGAUAACCCUUAGGUAUGUUCAGAAGAUGGACACUCUGCCUAAUCACUGUUGGUUGCAUUUGAUGGUGCCUGAGUUUUCAAAGAGUCUGCAUAAUCUUCUGCAAAAAUUUUCAGAUAUGUCUGAUGUUUUAAGUAACUAUUCAAUCAUCAAUAAUCUCACGAGGAUAAUCAAUGAUAUUAUGUUAUGUCUAGAUUCUGAGAAAAAUAAGAAUUUUAGAAAAGAAAAUGUUCAUCUUUAUGAAGAAGGCAGGUUCAUUCCUGAAGAAUUCUUUAGGCGCUUUAAUAGAACCAUUGACGCCUACACGGAUUUUGCAAAAAAAUCAGAUCAUAGUGACUGUGUUCUGCCAUCAACAACAGAAACACCAGAGAACAAUCCAAGAGUCAGUGUAACAAAUCCAUUGUUGUUACCUCCUGUUGCUGCCAGUUCCCUUAAGAAUGACAGCAGUGACAGUAACAAAGAAGCACUCGACUUCAUUAGCAGCCCCAGCCUGAAAGUGAUAAGCAUAGCACUGCCGUCAUUGUUUUCUCUUCUUAUUGGCUUUACUUUGGGAGCCAUCUGCUGGAAGAAAACACAUCGCACACCCAGACCAGAAAGUGAUGAAACAACACAGUGUAAUAACUGUCAAGAGGAUAAUGAGAUAAGUAUGUUGCAGCAAAAAGAAAAAGAGCUCUUACAAGUGUAGCUGUUGCUUUUUUCCAACACUGUUACUGUUUCAUGUACUGGCAGCCAACAGUUCCAUGUUUGCUUCAUAAAUGAAGCAACUUUAAGCAUAUUCAUAUUCCUUCUGGAGUGACAGACUGAGUCUGCAUUGAUUGCUCCCCAGGAUCCAUACUGAUUCAAAGAGAUGAGAACGAAGAGUGUGUUUGUUACUGUGAAACCAGCACUGAAUUGAACAGCAUCAAGAAGAGUGUGCUCUGAGCAGAACUGUAUUUUAUUCAAAUACCUACCUUGUGUGGAAUUGGGAGUCAUUUAACUGUACAGUCCUUACAGCUGAUUCUGGCAAAGGAAGUACGUGGCCUGAACAAAAAAAAAAACUUUCAAAUGCCUCCAGAAACAUGUAAUCUUUGAAAGUCAUAAGGAAGUUUGUAUUCUUAAUUUACAUCCUGUGUCCUCUUGCUUACCCUGAUGCCUACAAAUGGAGUUCUCUGAAUUAAAAAAAAAAAUGCAGAAAUGGAUACAGAAACAUACUCUGCAGUAUUGUUGUGUAAAACUUGCAAGACAGGUGGUGCACCGGACCAGUGUGCUAGCCUUUCACUUCUAAGGAACUGGUUUCAUAUCUAGCAAAGGUCAUAUGUAAAAUGAGAUGUGGUCUCUAUCUUGUGCCAGGUGGAUGUACGUCCACCUCAAAAAUCCUCCACAGAACUUGGCUUGGCUGGUGGUCUCCAUUUAGAAGAAGCAAAGAAUGGAUCAAAAAGAAGUAAAGCGGAAGGGACAGUAGCAGGAUGGAGCUUUGACAGCAUUAGGAGAAACUGUUGUAUGUGUGAAGACUCCAAUUAAAAUCCCAGCCAUAGAAUGGGGAGGGAAAACAAAGUUUGAAUUGCAUUCAACAUCUGGAAUAACAGUACACUCAUGAAACCUUUUCUAAAUAUUGAUGAUGCAUGCCACUGAUUCCUUAGCUUAUAUAAGAUGUAGGAAAUGUGGAAGAUACUGAGAAUGAAUUUAUUAAUUACUGCUGACAUACAGUAAAAGCUAUUUGCAUUGUGUUUUAAAUGACUAAUAUGGUUUUAUUUUUUAAUCCGGCAUCCUCCUCUUUUUUUUUUUUUUUUUUUUUUUUAAGAUGAAUUCUAGUCAAGGUAUGAAAGCUUUAUUUCCAGUUGUCCUCAGUGUCUACUGCUAUUAUUAAAUACAUGAACUACAGAAACAAGACUGAUAAUAAAUUAAGACUUUGUCAGACAUGCAUUUUUAAGGAGGCACUAAAAAUACUAUGCUGAAACUUGCAACGUGCGUUUUAUGCAUCCCAUUUGUACAGUCUCUUUCCAGAAAAUGGAUACUACUUAUUUAUCUAUUUUAAUGUUGUCUGCUGCAAAAAGAAGGAAUGUCUCACCCCAAAUGACAAACUGCCUAACAGCUGACCAUUCACCCAGUAACAGUCAAUUAAAAUAUGUCUAAAAUAUUUUGUUUUAAUGACUUCAUAAAGCUGACUAUAUUUUAGAGAUACUUUUAGAAGAACUGUCAUGGAUGCUUUAGUUAUUUCCUUAAUCUGCUAUGAACUAUAUGUCAAAGGAAUUUACUAUACAUAGGGUCUGUUAAUUAGUAAGACAUCUGAGUGCCACAAUGUACAAAAAGUAUUAUGAUCAAUGAUGGAGAUUACAGAUAUGUAUAGACAACUUGGGUGGAAACUUGGCAAGUCAAUGGCAAACUCCUAUUGAUUUCAAUGGGGUCAAAAUUUGCCCUGUAGGGUCUAGUUUUCAAUGUUCUAGCAGUGAUACUCAGCUGGUAUAAACUGUCAUAGCUCCAUUAAAGUCAAUGGAGCUAUGAUAAUCUACACUAAUUGAGGAUCUGUCCCUACAGCAGGUCAAGAGGCUUUUGUGUAAGUCAGAAUUGGACCCUAAUGUCUUGACUUUCAUAAGGUGCUGGAGCACCCACCACUUCAAUUGAAAUAAAUGGGAGAAGCUCAGCACCUCUAAAAAUCAGACCCUUAGCAACUUUUAGCACUACAGAAAACCAAGCAGUAGAAUUCUCCAUCUAUAGCAGCUCCGUCUGACACAAUAAUGUAUGUGUCUGUAUUUCUUACACUAGUAUUUCAAGCCUACUUUAAAAGUUCCACUUUUAGAAUCUCAGCAUGACCUAAUGUUUGUUUGCGAACUUGCACCUAGAGCCCUGCAGUGGGACUAGGAUCCUGCUGCCAUAAUAGUGGGAGUGGGUAAAAUGUACUUUGUUGCUGGCAGGAUUGGGUGGGCAAAAAAAAAAAAAAAAAAAAACUGGUAAUUUGCGGGAAAACACUAAAUCUCUCAUCAGUUUGUCAUAAAUAGAAUUUCAGCAAUGUAAAGCAAGUUUCUUUUUAUUUUAAAUCAAGGUUUUAAUGCUUAAAUUUAAAUAAGGGAUAGAAAGAUUUGAGGUCUAUUAUAACAGGAGUUAAAAGUAUUUUUACAUGGUUUAAGCAAGAUUUGUUUAUUCUUUUAGUGGUAAAAAUUAUCUGGCGUGUGUGUGUGUUAACAGACUGUUUUUUUUUGUUUUUGUUUUUAAUAGGAUGGGGGGGGAUCUCUCUCUCUCACGCAGGAUUUGCAGAAUCUAAGGUUUUUGCAGGUGAGAGUGGGUAUUGCAGAAGCAGGAUUAAAAAAAAUAACCCCAUGCAGGGCUCUACUUGCACCUUACUGGUUGUGUUGAGAUUGCUUGAAUAUAUGUUCUGACAAAGAGGAAAUGUGCCCAUAAUAAAUGGCAACAACUAUCACUGAACACUUGGCAAAAAUGUUAGACAAAAAACAUUUCCCAUUUGCUGCAAUCUACAGUAUAUUCUCAAGAAAAAUGAAUGCAUUUGGAAUUUUUAGCCGUUUUCUUAGAUUCUGUAAUUGAACAAAACCCGAUAUUAUUAAACUACCUUAAUUGUUUAUAAAGGUGCUAUUUUGCCAAACUGAAUAUUUGAGAAAAUUAACAGUAAUAAAACACUAAGCAUUUGCAGUAAUUAAUCUUGAUGUGUCUCAAAUUAGGCUUUCAUGUUCAAAUUACGGGGUUGUUGUUUUUUUGUUUGUUUAGUGCAUAUUUUACCCUUGAUAACAAUGAAUAAUGCAUUUAUAAAUUGAUAUAAAAUUUGCCCCCAAAUGCAAUGCUACUAAACAGUAACAAUCUCAAAGCGUAGGGGUUUAUAACAAUGCCACAGACAUUCAUCUUUGAACAAGUUAAAUUUAAGGCUGAAUGACAUUCAUCUAUCUCACUGGAACAACUCCCAUGUACAAUCCUUCUGACAACACAAAAUUUACACAAUCAUAAUUGUUCUCAUUUGGAAUGUAAAUAAUGUCCAUUAGCACAAAGUGUGUGAGCUGGAUAAUCCAUUUGACGGCUUAUGGCUUUUCCUUCAUUUUUAUCCGACUUAACAGGUUUAAACUGAGUAUUUGGGCCUUCUUACAGGAGUGUCACAAACAUGAAUAUAUUUAAAUAUUUCUAAAUAUGGUAGAUUGUUUGGCAUUUGGAAAUCUAAUAAGAUAUGUAAAUUUUUAUAAAGGGCCUGAUUCUUCUACCUGUUGUGUAGAAUUUACUCCAUAGUGUCUGCCAAUUUACAAAAAGCAGUUGAUAUCACGGGGGAGUAAGUUACUACUCAAUGGGAGUAAUGGUGGCAGAAUGAAGCCCUUAAUUACUUUUUCCUAUCUUGUAAGUAGUUGUGCAUUCCCGAAUACAAAUCAAUUUUCAAAUCCUUUAUUUUUGGGAAGGAUCAGACCAUGCAUUGUUGUGGUUAGAAAAAAUGAGUGUCCAUUUGUUAAAAUGGAGUGUUUUGUUAUAUUAAGGUCAAUCUAAAUUGUUCUCAGAUCUCAGUGGAUUUUGUAAGGAAGAAACAUUUGGAAGUUUCCUUGGGAGUAGCUGAACUUUGCAUGCUAUUAAUAGCAGCUUUGUGAGAAUAAAAAGCAGCUAAUGGUAUACUGCAAAAUUCAAUGUGCUCUUUUAGAAGUGUGUUUUACUUGAAUAAACUAAUGGUACUUAUUUAGUCAUGAAGUCAUCUUAUAAGAAUGCUUUUAAAAACCAAUGUGCUGUAUCAUGGGGCAUGUAUAAAAUCUUAAACUUGCACAUUUUCUCGACUCUGAUCUUCACAAGCUGUGUAUUUUCUGUUGCUAUCCCUUUGUAAUAUGGUGAAACUGCUCAGCACACACAAUACAACUGUUUACUGAAAAGUUAACAGUGUACUACUAUAGCUGUUUUUAAUGAGAUUUGCAUUUAAGAAUUAUCCAAAAAUUUUCUCCAGAUAGAAGUUGAUUCAACUAUGUAUUAAAAAUAAAUGUACAGUAAGAGUGGCAUGUUACUAUUAUAUUAGCAAAUGGAAGGGAUGUGGAGAUUUCAGACACUUUAGAGACAAAGACACAAACAUUGGUGGUUGCAUCAUGUGAGAGAGUUUGUAAAUUUUGAUGUAAAUGACAAAAACUUGUAUAGUUACAUUCUGACUGAAAGGUUAAGCAACAAAGUUUAUAAAAUGAUGUGUAUGUAUAUAUAUGUCCUCUUAAAAAUAGAUGUAGGCCCUGAUCCUUUUUUAUACUGGUUUGAAAAUGGAAUUACAUUAUAUACAUAUACUUUAUUGUUCUAAAUAAAAAUUUUAUGCACUGCCAUGAUA